CGGCGAGGGAGCAGGAGGUCUGGGACGCCAUAUUGGCAGGUUGCGAGAGCCUUCCGUGGUCGGCCGUGAGCUGAGCCGUCGUUCACCCAGCUGAGGUGUGAACGCGCGCGCAAAAGAGCUCUCCUCGUGAACCAGCAAGCCGGGUGCCGGGAAAUCAUCGAAUCGAGAAAAUUGUCUAAACGUGUGAUCGUGUGUAUCUCUCGCCAAGUCGGUAGUGUGCCCUGUGACACGACUCAAGUACGGCCUCUGAAAGUGAUAAUAGAACCCUGUUCAGGGUUUCGUGAGAUUCAAAGAGAUUCCAGUGUGACAGCAGCAACAGUAUGGCGGGACAGACGAUCAACGACAGGCUACUGGCCGCUAGACACAGCAUCGCCGGCCAGGGCUUGGCCAAGGCUGUAUGCAAAGCCACCACCGAGGAGCUGAUUGGUCCUAAGAAGAAACAUCUCGAAUAUCUGGUGCGGUGCACCAACGAGCCGAAUGUGUCGAUACCCCAGCUGGCGAAUCUGCUGAUAGAACGGUCUCAGAAUACGAAUUGGACAGUUGUUUUCAAAGCUUUGAUUACGGUGCACCAUAUGCUUUGUUACGGCAAUGAGAGGUUUACACAGUAUUUGGCAUCCAGCAACAGCACAUUUCAGCUCAGUGUUUUUCUCGAUAAAAGCGGUGUGCAAGCAGGAGCUCGUAUUGGAUAUGACAUGUCACCAUUUAUCAGGAGAUAUGCUAAGUACCUCAAUGAGAAGGCUCUCUCCUACAGGACUGUGGCGUUUGACUUUUGUAAGGUGAAGAGAGGAAAGGACGACCGUACUUUACGCACAAUGAACGCUGAGAAGCUGUUGAAAACUUUGCCAGUGUUGCAAUCACAGCUGGAUGCUCUGUUGGAGUUCGAUUGUACCUCUAAUGAACUCACAAACGGUGUCAUAAACAUGGCUUUCAUGCUUCUCUUUCGAGAUCUGAUCAGGCUGUUUGCCUGCUACAAUGAUGGCAUUAUUAAUUUGCUAGAAAAGUAUUUCGAUAUGAACAAAAAACAGUGUAGAGAGGCUCUGGAUCUGUACAAGAAGUUUCUUAUACGAAUGGAUCGGGUUGGGGAAUUCUUGAAAGUUGCUGAGAAUGUGGGCAUUGAUAAAGGAGACAUACCUGAUCUAACAAAGGCUCCAAGUAGCUUGUUAGACGCGCUAGAACAGCAUCUUGCUUCGUUGGAGGGAAAGAAAGGCUCUGCAGCCAACACUCCCACACAAUCAGCAAGCAAUAGAACGAAUGUAAAGUCGGGAGUGUCCGCCCUGUCUUCCACCAGUACCGCGUUUGGAACAGCAGCCAGUAAUAAUCGACUUGACCACGCUGGGAAUGGACACAUUGACGAAGCGUUAAGGCAGCAGGCCCUCGCGGAAGAGGAGGCCGCCAUGAACCAAUACAAGGCAAAAGUGCAAUCACCUUCGAGCGGUCCCAGCACGAAUCCAUUCCUCAGUUCGCCGACGAACAACGCCAAUCAGCCAAUAGUGGACCUCUUUGGUGCACCAUCCACGACGGCGGGCACUGAAAAUCAGCCGCAGAAAGCGUCGGACGAUCUGCUCCAGUUGGCAGGCAAUCCGUUUGCGGACAUGUUUGGAGCUCCUCAGUCAGUGGCUGCGCCAACCACACAAUCACAAAACAACAUGUGGAUGACUAACGGUAAUGGUUUCGCUGCAGUGCCCCCGGCAAAUAAUAACUUUGUUACAGAUAACAGUUUCUCUUCCGUAUUUGGUAAUCAAGACUCUCAAUCUGCUGGUGCUCCAGGAGCGGCCGGAUCCGUACCGAACCCUUUUAUGUCCGACUUCCCAUCCCUUGGUUCCCAGCCUACGCAGUCGAACGCAGCUGCUUUCGGUCUCUUCGAUCAGGGUGCCGCUAACCAUCAGGCUGGUACGGCGACCUCAGGCGUCGCUGGCGAGGGCCAGCAGCAAAGCCAACAAAGCGGAGACCUGUUCAGUGCUGGCGGCCAGGCAGAUCUCUUUGGGAGCGACUCAGCAGUGCUCAAGGCCGCGGAGGGGGCCGUGGGAGAAGCCGUCGCAGAGCCGGCAUCCUCCACGACUCUGACCUCCGCUGGUAAGUCCACUGCCACGCCGCCUCCCAGACCGCCGCCUCCCGCGACAGCCAUGAACGGCACGCCUAGACCAUCAUCGCCGGUUUCUGGAGGAGCGGCGGUGGGUAAACCAUCCUCUGGAACGCCACCAGUGUCCAUGUCCGCCGCUGCUCCUAGCAAAAGCGCGUUCGACGACCUGAACGAUAGUAUUCGUAUGGCGCUGGGCGGGUCUCCGUCGCGGCCUGCACCCAUUGCUGCUCAGCAGAUUCCUACUGCUCAGCAGACGCAACAACCUAUACAGCAACAAGGCUUUGGCACGUUUGAUAUGGGUAUGUCUGCCACUGGGCAGCAGCCUGUUAUGCCUAGCGGACCGAUGGUCGGUUACGGUAUUCCUACACAAGUCCCAGCAGGGUACGGUUCCCCAGCCAAGCAGCCAAUCUCAGCAGCAGGACAACAGCAGAACCCAGCAUCCACUGGGAAAGUGCUCACUGGAGACUUGGACAGUAGUCUUGCUAGUCUUGCCCAGAAUUUGACUAUCAACAAGAGUGCUCAACAACAAGUCAAGGGUAUGCAAUGGAAUUCGCCUAAAAACGCUGCCAAAGCUGGUGGUCCAGCUGGUGGGUGGACUCCUCAGCCAAUGGCAGCUACAACUGGCGCUGGUUACCGUCCAAUGGGACAAGGAAUGACGCAACUUCCUACAACCACCCUGGGCUUCCCUCCCCACACUGCACCACUGGGAAUGCAAGGUGUGCCAAUGGCCAUGCAGGGCAUGAGGCCAAUGAUGAGCACAAUGCCCAGUGGUCCUGGUGGUCCUGGUGGUCCUGGUGGCAUGAUGGUCACAGGAGGAGCUGCGCCAAUGAUGAUGCCCAACACAAAUCCCAUGAUGGGUGCUAACCUCCAGCAACAAACACAGCAGCAACAACAACAACCCCAGGCUGCUGUGCAGCCUCAAAAUAAUCAAGUCCAACUCGAUCCAUUUGGUGCUCUGUGAAGAGAUUAGGAGGAACCGAGCAGACGAAGCACCAACUUUGUAAAUACCGUGUAAUAUGCCUAGGAAAUGUGCCCUGUUUGCUCUCGUUAUUCUACGUCAUCCGUAACGAGUCAGCCCGUCUUCGAGAAGAAUAUGGAAGAACAAUAUCUGAAACCAGUUCUUAGGUCGUCCU